UUUGUUGACGUAAAAUAGAUGACGUUUGAUCCUUUUUGAAAUACAAAUUCACAUAAGUUUUUAGUUUUUGAGAUACUUUUCGAUAAAACAUGCUUAAAUCGUAUACAGUAUUAUUUUUUAAUUGUUACCACUCCUAAUAAUACCAUGGAGUUAUUUUCAAUGUUGUGGACUUCGGUGAUAUAUCUUAUUGGAGCGGGUGUCGGUCUUUUAAUUCUGUUUUCAAUUUUCCUCUAUUUGACAACCAAACCUUAUCCAAUUGUGAAGAGACACAAAGAGGAGGAGACAUUUUUUGAUCCUAUAACUAAAACCAAAAUAAAAUUACCAAACAUUAAUGAGGCUUCCACUUUAAAUCUUUCUGUUAUAGUUCCUGCUUAUAAUGAAGAAGAAAGAUUGCCCCCAAUGCUUGAUGAAACAUUGGAGUUCUUGGAGAAUAGAAUUAAAGAGCAUUCCACAUACAAAUAUGAAAUUAUUGUUGUGAGCGAUGGAAGUAAAGACAAAACAGUACAGGUUGCACAAAAUUAUGCAGAGAAAUAUGGAAGUGAAAAAUUAAGAUGUCUUGAACUUGUUGAAAACAGAGGGAAAGGUGGAGCUGUACGGUUGGGUGUACAAAAUGCCAGAGGUGCAUCUAUAUUGUUUGCAGAUGCAGAUGGUGCAUCUAAAUUUGAAGAUUUAGUUAAAUUGGAAUCAGCAUUAAAGGAUAUAAUCAAAUGCGAUCCAAUCACAGAGCCUAACCUUGUUAGUGCUAAAGUUGGUUUAGCUAUAGGAUCUAGAGCUCAUCUUGAAAAGGAAUCAUUGGCUACAAGAAGUCUUUUUAGGAAUAUUCUGAUGUAUGGUUUCCAUUUCCUAGUGUGGUUAUUUACAGUGAAAGGUAUUAAGGAUACACAAUGUGGCUUCAAGUUGUUCACAAGGAAAGCUGCCGAUAUCUGUUUCCAAAGUCUUCAUGUCAACCGAUGGGCGUUUGACGUAGAACUAUUGUACUUAGCACAAAAAUUAAACAUUCCAAUAGUCGAGAUUCCAGUAAGAUGGACUGAAAUAGAGGGAUCCAAGGUAACUCCAAUAAUAUCAUGGAUUCAAAUGGGAUGUGACUUGGGACUCAUCUGGUUGAAAUACAGGAUCGGAGCGUGGAAGAUAAAAAGUGAUAAAAUAGAUUAAGUUGAACUAUGUUUAUUAUUUGCAUUUAUUUACAAGUUAUAAAUAUUUAUUUUUCAAUUAUAUUUUCAUGUUUUUUGAACAGCUCUUAUUCAAUUUCACGUAAAUGUAAAUAAUUAAAUAAAAGUCAAUUUAUAUACAUAUAUCUUUUAUUUUAAACUUAUAAUAGUGUGCCUUGUUACAAAAUUAUGUAAUUUAAAAGAUUUCUUACAAUAAUGAAGUACAAAAUGUUUCAAGAUUCAAGAAAGAUCAUGCUAAUGGCCACAGUUUAAAAGUAACUGAUUGUAAGGAAUAAGCUCUCUUUGAGCAUUUUGACAAUGUUUCAAUAGAUUUGAAAAUUUGGCAAUGAUUUGAGACUCAUUUACACAAUGGUCUUAAUAUUUAAGUAAACAA